AUGUACAACACAUCGACCAGUUCUCAGACCGGCAUCAGUACGCCUCGUUUCUCUCAAUCCCUCCGACCGCUCAUCCUCUCUCAUGGGCCCCUCGAAUUCGCUUACCUGGUUUCUACUUCGCUUCAUUUCCAUGCCUCGCAGUUGACAGACUACUUCACUGCUUCAAUACCUGCACCUACAGCAGAAUUGGCCCAGGAUGGUGAGCCUUCCUCUGUUACCGAAUUGGUAGCGCUUUAUAUUGGUCAAGUGGCUCGCGAGGUUGAGGAGGGUGAGGACGAUGCUCAAGGAAGCUAUCUCGAAGUCCUCAAGCUCGCCUUGAAUGAGUUUGAGUGUGCUGUCAUGCGCGGCAACGAUAUCCACGCCGUGGCAGCGGUUCUGUCCGGAAUUGUCUCCAAGAAGACGCAGGUAGUAAAGUUCUAUUAUGCUGGACGAGCCAUCACUGGCCGGCCCACCAAGCCUUACGAUUCUGCUCUUUUCAGUGCAGCCUCGACCGAGGAAGCUGGCAUUUACACGGUCUUCGGCGGCCAGGGCAACAUUGAGGAGUAUUUCGAUGAGCUGCGUGCAAUUUAUACCACCUAUCCAUCCUUCAUCUCGGAGUUGAUCCUGCCUUCUGAAGAGCUCUUGCACUCACUUUCCCGCGAGCCUGAAGCCAAGAAGCUUUACCCAAAGGGCCUCGAUAUCAUGCCAUGGCUCAAGGAUCGAGAUGCCCAGCCCGAUACUGACUACUUGGUGUCAGCCCCCGUUAGUUUGCCUUUUAUCAACCUCGUUCAAUUGGCUCAUUACAUGGUGAUCUGUAAUGUCCUAGGCCGCCAGCAAGGCGAAUUGCUCGAGCGCAUCAAGGGUACUACGGGCCACUCUCAGGGUGUGAUAACUGCUGCCGCCAUUGCCACGGCGACUAGCUGGGAGACGUUUGCUGAGGCCUCUCGUAAUGCCUUGAUUAUGCUUUUCUGGAUCGGUUUACGCAGCCAGCAGGCCUACCCUCACACAUCGAUUGCCCCUUCCAUGCUGCAAGACUCUAUUGAGAAUGGCGAGGGUACCCCGACUCCUAUGCUCUCAAUUUGGGAUCUUCCUCAGGCCGCUGUCCAGGAGCAUAUCGAUGUCACCAACCAUGCGCGCAACUUUGUGGUUACUGGCCCUCCUAUCUCCCUGUACGGUUUCAACCUACGCCUGCGUAAGGCCAAAUCCCCCGCUGGGUCGGAUCAGACCCGGGUCCCCUUCAUGCGGCGAAAGAUUCGAUUCAUCAACCGCUUCCUGCCUAUCACCGCUUUAUUCCACAGCCAGUAUAUCACUUCGGCGUAUGACCGCAUCAUUAAAGACUUAGAGGACACUAAUAUUCCGGCAGAGUCCCUAGCCAUUCCGGUUUACCAUACACACUCUAAUCCGUAUGAUUACUCGCGAUGUCGUCAAUUGGGAGCAAGCCACCGUUUCCCCGGCGCUACUCACAUCAUUGAUUUGGGACCUGGUGGCAUCUCGGGCCUAGGGGUUCUUACCAGCCAUAACAAGGACGGCACCAGUGUUCGGGUCAUUGUGGCGGGUGAGAUGGAUGGUACGAACGUGGAGGUUGGGUACAGGCCUGAGCUGUUCGAUCGUCGUGAUCACUUGGUCAAAUACGCGUCUAAGUGGGUUAAUGAGUACGGUCCGCGUCUGGUCCGGACCUCUACUGGCAAGACAUACGUCGACACCAAGAUGAGUCGCCUGUUAGGCAUUCCCCCUGUAAUGGUGGCUGGUAUGACCCCUACCACCGUUGCCUGGAACUUUGUUGCCGCCACGAUGAAUGCUGGAUAUCACAUAGAGCUGGGCGGCGGCGGUUUUUAUGAUGCUAAGACCAUGCCCGAAGCUAUCACCAAGAUCGAGAAGGCCAUUCCCCCGGGUCGUGGUAUCGCAAUUAAUCUGGUAUAUGGCAACCCUCAUGGCUUGACAAUCGGUGCUGGUGUGCCCUCUAUCGAGGUUGCUAACGAGUACAUCGAGACCCUCGGAAUCAAACGUAUCGCUUUUAAGCCUGGCUCCGUUGACGCUAUCCAGCAGAUGAUCAACAUUGCCAAGACCAACCCUAAGUUCCUCAUCAUCAUGCAAUGGACUGGCGGCCGCGGCGAUGGCCACCACUCGUUCGAGGACUUCCACCGGCAAACGCUUCAGAUGUACGGUCGCGUCCUGGUUUUUGGUGGAGCUGAGGACACUUACCCUUACCUUUCUGGUACAUGGUCUUCCAAAUAUGGGUACCCUGCCAUGCCAUGCGAUGGAUGUCUGUUCGGUAGUCGUAUAAUGAUUGCCAAGGAAGCCCACAGCUCUAAGAAAGCUAAACAGGCGAUCGUAGAUGCCCCAGGCGUCGACGAUAUGGAGUGGGAGAAUACCUACAAGGAUGCUGCAGAGGUGGAAGGCGUCAUGUUAUGGAGGGAGAUGGAUCAGAAGAUCUUUAAGCUCGACAAAGCCAAGCAUGUCCCCGAGCUUAAGAAGCAGCGGGAUUAUAUCAUUAAAAAGCUAAAUGAUGACUUCCAAAAGGUGUGGUUCGGCCGCAACACCGCUGGAGAAACCGUCAAUCUAGAGGGUAUGACCUAUGCUGAGAUCAUUCACGGCAUGGUGGAUCUUAUCGUCUCACUGGUGACUUCUUUACGCCGUGUUGAGGAGCGUUUCACCACCAACAAUGACCAACACUCGAAGUUGCAGAGCUAUUCCGAGCUCGAUACCCCUUAUCCAGCUGUCAACGACGUUCUUACGGCUUACCCUGAGGCUGCCACUCAAUUGAUCAACGCUCAGGACGUGCAGUACUUCUUGCUGCUUUGCCAACGCCGUGGACAGAAGCCAGCACGUUUAGUCCCAUCCCUGGAUGAAAUCUUUGAGUAUUUUUUAAAGAAGGAUUCCCUCUCGCAGAGCGAGGACCUUGAGGCUGUUGGGGAUCAGGAUACAUCCUCGAUGAUGUGCACCAGGGCCACAUCAAUGGCCUCCUACGCGAUAUGUACGGUGGUGGAGACCAAGAUACCUGCUAUUGGGUACUUCAGUGGUCAGCUAGUAAACACCGACGACCAGCAGGAGCUGGAAGGUCUCACUGUCUCGGAGGACACCAAUAAGAUCAGUUUCCACCUAUCUACAUCUUCCUCUGUCGGCCCUCGCGAGACUGACCGCUGGCUUCGUCUGCUUGCUGGUGACUCUUACUCCUGGCGUCACGCCUUGUUCUUGGCAGAUGUCUUCGUUCAAGGCCACCGGUUCCAGACCAAUCCGUUGAAGCAGAUCAGUUUCAUUAGUGUUAGGGAGCCUUAUCAAUCCGGUAAGCUAGUGAAGACCGUUGAGGCCAAGAUGAAAGAGAACGGCCAGAUUAGCCUGACUCUGUUCGAGGGACGUACUGCUGAUCGCAGCGUUGUCCCCUUGAGUUUCCUCUUUACCUACCACCCGGAGACUGGCUACGCCCCUGUCCGUGAGGCCAUGGAAGGUCGUAAUGAUCGCAUCAAGGAGUUCUACUAUCGUAUCUGGUUUAGUAGCAAAGACGUGCCUUUCGACACCCCAACUACUGCCACCUUCCAAGGGGGGCAGGAAACUAUCACUUCACAGGCCGUUGCCGAUUUCGUUCAUGCUGUCGGUAACACCGGUGAGGCUUUUGUUAACCGUCCUGGCAAAGAGGUCUUCGCGCCUAUAGAUUUCGCCAUCGUGGUGGGCUGGAAAGCUAUCACCAAGUCUAUCUUCCCUCGCACCAUUGAUGGUGACCUCCUAAGACUUGUCCACUUGUCUAAUAGAUUUAGAAUGAUUAACGCUGUCAUCAACCAGCAUUCGGGUAAGAUGGUCGAGGUUUGCGGUACCAUUAAGCGUAAUGGUAUGGCCAUCAUGCACAUCACUAGCCAGUUCUUGUACCGUGGUAAUUACGAGGAUUUCGGGAACACCUUCCAGCGCGGGGACGAGGGCCCUAUGCAGGUCAACCUCGCCACCGGUCGGGAUGUCGCGGUUCUGCGGUCCAAGGAAUGGUUCUGCAUAGAAGAACCUGAUAUCGAAUUUUUGGGCCUAACGAUCACGUUCCGUGUGCAGAGCUUGAUCCGUUGCAAGAACAAGACUGCUUUCAGCAAUGUGCAGACCGUUGGUAAAGUUCUGCUUGAGCUCCCAACUAAGGAGGACAUUCAGGUCGCUUCCGUCGACUACCAGGCUGGUACUUCACAUGGCAACCCUGUAAUUAAGCUGGUAGAGACGAGAAGGGGCAUCACUGGAGCAAUGCAGACACUGGGUUCGCUGCAAUCAGAAAGAAUGGACAUCGCACUUUACGGCGCGAACGAUAGCCAAUCAUCAGCCUUUGGCAGCAUGUAG